GUUUCACAGAUUUUAUAAAUGAAUGGUGAUUACGAUUUCUUGCUCCAAAAUACUUGGCUCAUGUUUUUCGAGACUGAUUUUCGAUUAAGCAGUCCGUUUAUGACGGUCGUCGCUACGUUUAUCAUAUUUAUCUUAUUGAUAUGUUUAGUUCGACUGUUCAUUUCUCCGUACAUUCUGACGACUGUUUAUGAUGAUUGUAACUUUCUUAAUUAUCAACAUCAAUAUGUUUUGCGUUUAAUAUUUGCCGGUAUUUCAUCUUCAUACCAACCUGAAUCGACAACAGUAACCGUACGUAUUGAUCAUUCCAUACGACGUUGUAGAGAAAUACCAUUUACACCGGAAAUAAUGGAACGUGCUACAUUGUACAAAGGUCUGAAUUGUGCAAAAAUAUUUAUCCGCACUUCCGAACGAUAUCAGGAUAUCAAAUGUGUCACCCUAUACCAUAAUGGCCGUGGAUCAAUAUUGGUUGAUUCGGUUGAACUACAGAAUGUGGACCAACCUAAUUCGAUUAUUGCUACAGUCCAAUUUCCCAUCGGCGAGGAACAAUACAUGCAAAAGGUUCGAGCAUUUCCUUUUGGUCGCGAAAAAUUAACUGAAAUUGAAGAGGACAUACGGCCUACGAGCAAUGUAACUUGUUUAGAGACCUAUUAUUUUAUCUAUGCAUCUUUGAACAUUAUAUAUGCACUAAACGCCUUCACUUUUAUGGCAAAAUGUUCGCACCCUGGAGCCGAAUGUCGUUUACAGAUGAUAUUCGUGCUUGGAUUGAUUUCCUGUGGCCUGAGUUGUUUGGCAUUUAUCAUACUCAUUCUGCCAUUUCGUUAUGUCAUCAAAGUCUAUUAUCAUAACAAUAUGGGUAGAGGAUUCUGCAAGUUGGCACGAUUCUUUUAUUUACUGAUUGUGCUUCUAAUUGCAUUUAUGACUGCUGGGUUUGCAUGCGAACUUUCGACCAAAAAUGAAUUUCAAACAGUGAAUGAUGCCAAUCAUUUGUUCCAAGCUGAUACAUUUUGGCUUGUGACCACAGGAUUCAGUAUCUUCCUUUUUUUCUGUAUCAUUUGCAUGGCUAUACCAUUAGCCAUUUGUAUCAAUUACAUUAAAAUACCAUCCGACCAACAUUGGCGUCAACAGCUACAAGAUACAUAUGCUCGUGCACAACAACAGGCUUUUGGUCAAAAAAGACGACGGCGUCACACAACAACAACAACAAUCCAAAAUCGAAAUCGAUGGCAUAGUUAUCGUAGUGAUGAAGCACAAUCGCUUAUAACUAGCCGUACUCAAGCAAUCACUGAUAAUACUGGCCAAACGACGGAUGCGACUAAUGAUAUGGAUAGCUAUUACAAUAUGCUCAUCAAACGUAAAAAUGAAAUUAAAUCAAUCUCAACAUUUGUCAAACCAGGUAUUGUAAGCGGUGGCCUACGAAGACAUUUCCAACGACGACGACCAACACCAGCUGGCGCAACUAUCCCUGAUCGACAAGAGGAUUUGUCAUUUGGAAAACAUAAGCCCAUAGCUGAAAAGCCGUUACCGAUUGAACUUAAGCAGCCGAAAAGAGAUUCUCAAUUCAGUUCAGCUGGUGAAGAUUAUUAUCAAUUAAUGUUAAAACAUCAAAAAGUUCGAUCCGUAUCACAAUAUAAAGCUUUGGCAAAUUGAAUGAUGCUCUAGAUUGUAAACAGUUUACUAUUUAUUUUUUUUUAUUGUUCAAAACAUUCUAAAAAUUGAUUCUUAUAUACAGCUCGAAUAAAAUUGAU